AUGAAGAUUCGUCAUUUACCACCGAAUGAUAUAUACCAGGCUACGAAUCGUAUCUUGUCGCUAACAAAUUUGAAAACAGAUGCUCUAACGUUAUCAAAGGAUUUAUCCGGUGGAAUGAAAAGGCGUUUGAGCAUUGGAAUGUCGUUAAUUGGCGAACCAACAGUAUUGAUCUUCGAUGAGCCAACAAGUGGAAUUGAUUUAGAAUAUCGUCUUUUUAUGGAUAAAGAUGUUUUAUGUGAGGAACGUCAAGUUCGAAGUCAUAUUCAGCAAUCUUGCCAGAAUAUCAUUUUUGAUCGUGAAAGUGUAUCUGAACUUCGUUUCGGUAUACCAAGAGGUCAAGAAUCACAAGUACAAUAUUUAAUUGACUCGCUGGCAAGGUCACAAAAGCAGUUGAAAAUAAAAAAUUACGGGAUUGCGACAAUGACUAUAGAAGAUGUCUUUUUGCAGUACGUAUAA